ACGUGCGUGAUGUCUUCAUCUACUGUGCUGAUAUGGGGGGUAUUCCUCCCUUACUUUUAGUUCUUCCACAGUUAAGAUUUCUCUUGCCUUUAUCUUUUCUUUGAGGGCUAUUACGUAGUAGUUUCGAGCUAUUGCUUGAUCUCCCUUCACUACCCUAUCUGGUGUGGAGUAGGGAAUUUUAUCUUGCCAACGGAAACCAAAUGGGCGAAAUAGAUGGCACCACGACUGAACAUGGGUGCUACAGUCCUGUGUGCGUGGGGUAGUACUGUUCUAGGGUUUCGUGGAGGGUCACAAUAAUGGAGGAAGACAAAAGGAGAGAAGCAGCGAUAGCAUCAUCACCUUCUUUACAGCCCAAUUUCAAGUCUGAAAGCGUUACCGAAGAUCAGAUUUCCAAAUUCCAAGAAUUGCACCGGAGGCGUUUACAAAUAAAAUCAAGAUCAAAGGGUCAGAAGAAAUCAAAAGAUGGGAUUGGCAAAUCUGAUACAAAGGGCCUCAGAGAUGGAAAUUCAAGUAUACCAAGCAAUGAUUCUAGUAUUUCGAUCUCUAAAAGCAACAUUGUCAGCGAUAAUUCCGUCUUGCAGCAAGAUAAUUUAGCCAUAGACCUUGUAUCAAAGAAGCGGCAGAAGUUACAUUGGGGGCUUGACACAAAGGAAAGGUGGGAAAGGAAAGCCAAUAUGUAGUUGUCACAAAGUGAAUUAAAAUGCUGCUGAAUGCUCUGAAGUUGGUCUGGUGGGGUUUGAAGGACAUAGGGGAAGGGGAACAUUUGCAUGCUGAGCGAGAAGCCAUCUCCAUCAAAUGCUCCAUGGAAGUGCUUUGGUACCCUUUUCGACUUACUGAAGCGGAGAAAAUUUUAUGCAACUCGGAGUGUGCAAUUUGUUCAGUUCCUAUGACUCUGUCCCUCUCAUUUGUGGACCAAAUGUACCUUUGUCAUGUCCCUUUUCCCAUGCAUGCAUAACUGCAUGCUAUGUAUAAGAUGACCAUAAUUACUUUUAGAUGCUUGUGUGUGAUUCCCAUUAAGAUUGCAUUAGGUUAUGGUUCAAAAUGGCCGUUUGGUUAUGACAUUUUUUAGAAGAUCUAUUAUUGAUUCAAACUCAA